AUGACAGCCGACGCAGAGGCGGCGUCGAGCAACUCGGCCGCAGAUGUAGCGGCUGACCACCCAGACCAACAGAGCCACCCCCACAGCGCCCCAGAUCUCGACCUCAGCGUCGUACAGGACCCCAUCCUUGAUCUGUGUCCAUCUCUCGACAUCCUCAAACAGAUCGCACGUUCCACCGCUCUCGAUGUCCAAGUCAAGAAGGACAAGCUCACCAGGGCUCUCCUCCGAGCCGCCAGCAACGGCGACACCGACAUGCUCUCCUGGCUCCUCGACUCCAGGGCCGAAGCUCGUCAGCUCAUCUCGCUCCCAUCGUCCCACAGAGACUCGCACGGCAGAUCCGUCGUCGCCUUCGAUCAAAUGCGCGACGACGAAGGCUCCGGUCCCGUCGUGCUCGCUACCUGUGCAGGUCACAUCGAUGCCGUCACUAUGCUUGCGCUCAACGGCGCGCCCAUCGACGAGCGCGACGCUUGCGGCUGGACUCCUCUAAUGUGGGCCAUCAACAGCUCCAACCUCCAGCUCGCCAGCUUCCUCCUCAGCCGGGGCGCCGACGUCGACGCAAAAAGCUCCAAGGGCACCACCUGCGAAGAUUUCAUCCUCUCCGCUGCUCCUCAGGCCGCCACUUCCCAAUCACCUGCUACCCAAUCGCGCUUCUCCACCUCGGCUUCCAACGAGCGCGAGGCCAUCGCAGACCUCGUCUACGAACAUCAGCGAUAUCUCUCCGUUCAGCAGUCCGCCGCACAACGCCUCAAUUCCCUCUACCUCGACUCUUCGCCCGACCGCAAUCCUUCGGCGCCGUCCAGCGCCGCCGACUCGGAUCGCCAAGACAACAACGCCAGCCCCACCCGUGCGCCCAGAUCCUCGGCCUCGUCAUCCAGCCCUUUCAAGCCUGGCCAUUCCCGUACCGGCUCCCAACUCACACAGCGCAGGCUCGUCGGUCGAUACGAACGCGCCCACCUCGCAGAGCAGAAGAAUAAGCAGAAGGAGCUCACCGACACGCGCAAGAGCGCCAUGGCCGACAUUGCAACCCUGCUCGAACUCGACCUCGACAGCCUCAUGGGCGAGCCCACCUCGGUCGACUCGAAUCCGGGCAAUGCCACUUUUGCACGUCGCAGGAGGGGCGCUGCCGCCAAACCCGCCCAUGCCGGCCUUGCUUCCGGCUGCGGCGCCGCCGAGGUCGGCGCCGAUCUGCUCUCGGUCGAAUUCGACUGGAAGAAGGUGUGCAGCGACCAGAUGCUCGUCUUUGGCACCGCCGACCUCGAACCCCUGCUCACCAUGCUCAUCACCCACAUGAAGCCCGUCCGAGCUCCCUGGACCUCGCGCGCAGCUCCCGCCAACGUCAUCUUCCUCUGUGCCAGGUACGCCUGCUCGUUGCACGACGAGGAUCUGCUCGAGGAACUCUUCCUCGGCGCCAUCGACCGCAUCGAAGGCACCAUCUACGCAAAGCCCACCGACAUGACCUGUCUUGCCUUCUGGCUCUACAACUGCUGCCUCCUCCACUACUACGUCGGCAAGGACCGCACGCUGCGCAACUCGAGCUCCGUCACAGAGUACCGCAGCCUCUUGGCCGACCUGCUCAACGAGAUCUUUGUCUUUAUCAUCCGCGACGCAGAGAGGCGCAUCGACAAGGUGCUCGAUGCCGCCAUGCUUGAUCACGAGCCCAUCCCCGGAUUCGAAGAGGUCCGUUUCGAGGGCGAGUGGAAGUUCAUCAAGACUUUGACGGGCAGCGUCAAGGGGAUCGGGCAGCAGGGCUCGCUGUCGCAGGGGAUGACGUCGAGCCCCAGCUCACGCACGCCCAUCAGCCAGAUCUUUGGAGGCGGCCGUAAGGACGACACGCAGGGCUCGAGCCAUCCCAAGAGCGGAUCGGCAGAGGGGCCGACGCUGUCCUCCUCUCCUUCCAUCGGCAAUGGUCGGCCAUCGAGCGCGUUCAGUUCCAACACGAUUGGACCUUCCACCUUGCGCUCGAAUGGCAUCGAUGGUUCGCCACGCAAGGGUCUGGGUGAGCCCUUCCGCGCGAUCCGCGAAGUGUCGUACAACGCAAGUGCCAACGAUCUGCUCACGACACCGACGCCACGAACCAUCACCUCGCUGCUCACGUCGACGCUGCAGGUGCUGCAGUUCUACGAGAUCAAUCCGGCCAUCAUCGUGCAGGCGCUCUCGCAGAUCUUCUUCUGGGUGGGCUGCGAGCUCUUCAACCGCGUCCUGACGCGCAAGCGCUACCUCUGCCGCUCUCGCGCCAUUCAGAUCCGCAUGAACGUCAGUGCGCUCGAGGACUGGGCGCGCAGCAAUGCGUUGCCGCUCAGCAUUGUGCAUGCUCAUCUGUCGCCGCUCUCCCAGCUCAUCUCGUGGCUGCAGUGCCAGAGUUCGCUGCAGGAGUUUGAUGGGCUCAUCGCCACCAUGCAGGGGCUCAAGGCUCUCACGCCCAUCCAGAUGCGAAGGGUGGUCAAGGAGUAUCGGUACGAGGUGGGCGAGACGAGGAUGAGCGAAGAGUGCGUGCAGUACUUGGACCAGCUCAUCAUCGAUUGGAAGCGGAGACAGGAGGAUCAGCUGCGCCAGGCGCGCGAGGAGGCACGAGAUGUGCAGCGCAGGAAGAAGAGGGCCAAGAAGCAGCAGUCGCACCACCAGCGCUCGGGCACCGCAAGGCAGGAAGACUAUACGCCCGAAACCAGUUCGUCUCGCUCACGGUCGUUGGGUGAAGAGAACGACGUCAGUGAUGAGGAGGACGAGGCAGACGACGAUAUGCAGCUGUCGAGCGAGGCUGAUGGGCAGGCGGGGGAUGCAAGCGUCAAUAGCACUGGUACGGCCAAGGUGGCUCGGCACGAGGCUGAGGCGCUCACGGUGGCGGAAGCGGUUGCGCGAUCGGCACAGGAGAUGAUCGACGGGCUGUUUACGCCCGGCAAGAGCAUGUCGGACUAUGUUCCGCCAUGGACAGCUGCUGGUCCUCCGCUGGGUCUGCACGACGAUGUAGCUGGAGGAAGCGUACCUCCGUCUCCGGCAAAGGGUGAGGGGCUGCUGAAUAGCCGCGAGAUGCUGCCGUUUGCACUGCCGUCUCGACGGGGUGCGCUGAUCGUGACGCCUGGUGACGCAUUCGGCUUUGGACGCGGACACUUUACGGGCACAGGUACGCCAUCGGUGCGCAGCGUGAACGGCGACGUGUCGAGCGGGAACAGUUCGGCUGCAUCGUCGCGCCGAUCGUCCAUCUCUGCAUCCCAGUCGGUUGCGGGCGAGGAGGUCGAGAUGGACAGUGACACUUCAUCGCGCACGGAUGCAAGCGGCGUCAGUCGGGCAAGCAGCCUCUUCCCGCAGGGUAAAGGUUUUGCUGCCGGUGGGUAUUGGUCACCUGUACCGUUGCUGCCCGAUGGAAUGCUGGAUCGGAUCGACGCGAUGAUCAGUGCAGCCGCGGCUCUCGCUCCUGCAGCAGAUAAGGAGACGAAUAUUCUGUUGGCCCGACAUGCGUCCGAUGAACAUCUCCCGGGUGCGGGGGAUGUCGGGCUGCCAAGAGCCAGCAGGAUCGUCAUUCCCCCCAGGGACGGGUCGAUGGCACAGCCACAGGUGGACGAGUUUGGAAGGUUAACUGGGACAAAGGAGGAUGUCAAAAUCCCAGGCCCGCAGAGGAGGGAUACGAUCAAGGCGUCCAUGUUUGGGUAA